UGUGGAGGCCAGCGCGGCACGGGUGCCCAAUGCAGUAUUGUUAUUUGGGUCGACUAUCAAGAGCUGGUGUUCAAGUUGGUCUUUUCAGGUGCAUUAGGAGAACCAGUGGAGUUAAACGAAUUUUCCUAAAGGUUCCACCACAUACUACUUGCAGAACAAUGGCUAAAAGUAAAUUUGAAUAUGUUCGUAACUUUGAAGCUGAUGACACCUGUCUGCAAAACUGCUGGGUUGUGGUUCGACUGGAUGGCCGAAAUUUUCACAAGUUUGCCGAUCAGCACAGUUUCAAAAAGCCCAAUGAUGAGCGGGCCCUUCAUUUGAUGACCAAGUGUGCAUUGACUGUCAUGGAAGAACUGAGUGACAUUGUAAUUGCAUACGGCCAAAGCGAUGAGUAUAGCUUUGUCUUCAAAAAAAGAAGUAACUGGUUCAAGAGGAGAGCAAGCAAAUUCAUAAGCCAUGUGGUCUCCCAGUUUUCUUCCAGCUUUGUCUUCUACUGGAAAGAUUUCUUUAAAGAUCAAUCUCUCUUAUUUCCUCCUGGAUUUGAUGGGAGAGUAGUUCUAUAUCCCAGCAACCAAAACCUCCGGGACUACCUAAGUUGGAGACAGGCUGACUGUCAUAUCAAUAAUCUUUAUAACACAACAUUCUGGGCCCUUGUGCAGCAAGGUGGUUUAUCCAAUUGUGAAGCUGAAGAGAGGCUGAAGGGCACUCUUGCAGGAGACAAAAAUGAAAUUUUAUUUUCGGAGUUCAAUAUUAAUUAUAAUAAGGAAUCUGCAAUGUUUAGGAAAGGAACUGUACUGUUAGGGCAAAAGGUUGAAGAAACUAUUGAUAAACAGACCACAACUCCAGAUGCACCAGAAGGAAUAAAUGUCAUGGUUAAAAGGACUCGCAAAAAGAUUCUCCCGCUACAUGUUGAUGUCAUUGGAGAUGGGUUCUGGGAGGAACAUUUGGAGAUUCUUGCUGAUAACAGCUAGACAGAAUGGUUUACUACUUUUUUUCCCCAACCCACAGCUCCUGAAUGUCGCCGUAUGUUCACGAGUACAGAUCAGCAAGCACUGAUGGAUUUUUGGGGUAUCUUGUACAGGCACUCAAGAACGGUCUCGACCCGAAUCGUCUCCUAUUCCUUUUCUCCAGAGAUGCUGCCUGACCCGCUGUGUUGCUCCAGCUUUUUGUGUGUGAAAUUUGGUUUAAACCAGCAUCUGCAGUUCCUUCCUACACAGUAAUUUUCAACAUUGGACUGCUGCAGGUGAGAAUUUAUCAGGAACCGAGGGGUGCAUCAUACAAGGUCUGCCUCCAGAAUCUAUGUGUGUGUGUGUGUGUGUGGACCUCCCAACGAAGUUCAGUGAAUGAAGAAGGGUUUCGGCCCGAAACGUUGCCUAUUUCUUUCGCUCCAUAGAUGCUGCUGCACCCGCUGAGUCUCUCCAGCACUUUUGUCUACUUUCGAAGUUCGGUGAAUGACCUGCAAACAGAUUUCCUUGGUCAAUGAAUGCGAUGGCUGGGUAAUUUUAGACAAGACUGUAGAACUUGGGCUAGUGCCCUGAUUCCGAAUACAGUCGAAUUUGCAGAUGUCCUUUUUGAAGAUUUAACAUUUUGAAUUGAGAAAGCUUUUGACAAUUUUCAUAAAAAUAAAUGUGUUGCUUAUUUUUGCAUCCUGAAAA